CCAUUCUCUGCUCUAGAUUAAAGUUGAGUUUUCUGAAAUGAAGAACGAGGCAGAUAACAAGAAGAGCCCUUCAUCUAAUAAAUUAUUUCCAAUGGCCUGUGGAGAAGGGCCAUAUAACUAUGCCAAAAAUUCCAACUACCAGAAAACGGGUUGGGAUUUAGUAAAGAGAUUAACUUCUGAGAAGAUCUCCAAGAAGCUUGACGUAGAGCAUCUCAUUUCACCUGGAAAUUUGUUCAGAAUUGCAGAUAUGGGAUGUUCCUUUGGACCUAAUACUUUUUUUGCAGUGCAAGACAUUAUAGAAGCUGUAAAAUCAAAACAGAACAAAUCCAAACUUAUGGAAUUUCAAGUUUUCUUUAAUGAUCACAGCGCAAAUGACUUCAACACUCUCUUUAGGACACUUCCAUCCGAAAGAAGUUACUUUGCAGCCGGUGUUCCAGGUAGCUUUUAUGGUUCCUUGUUCCCCAAGGCCAGCCUGCAUUUUGUUCUUUCCUCCUAUACAAUACACUGGAUUUCGAAGAUCCCAAGGGAAGUCCAAGACCAAAGCUCCCCUGUUUGGAACAAAGGGAGGAUCUUCUAUGGAAGCUCCAAAAAAGUUGAAGAGGCUUAUGCUGCCCAAUUUGCGAAUGAUUUUGAAUCAUUCUUGAGAGCUAGAGCGGAGGAGGUCGUGCCUGGAGGAUUCAUGACCCUCCUAAUCCCCGGCACACAAAAUGGAGCAAACCUUCUUAAGUGCACUUCAAUCGCAAUUUCAGAGCUUCUUGGCUCUAGCCUCAUGGACAUGGCAAAAGAGGGAUUGGUAGAUGAAGCCAAAGUGGACUCCUUCAACAUACCAAUUUACUACCCCUCAUCGGAAAAGGUCAUAGCCAUAGUAGAGAAACAAGGUUGGUUUAAGAUUGAGCAGAUUCAAGAAAUAGCUCGCCCAAUGAUUCAGCAGUUAAGCAAGCAAGACAUUGAGAAAUAUGCAUUGUUUGUAAGAGGUUGGGCUGAAGUGGUGGUCCGAGAUCAUUUUGGGGUUGAGAUUGUUGAUAAGAUAUUCAACAAUUUCACAGAGAAGCUAAUGAAGUCAGGGCUCCUCUCAGAUCCUAGCAUUGCACCCGCGGUGGACUUGUUUGUUCUCCUCAUGCGUACUAAUAACUGAAUGAAUGUUAAACAUUCUUCUAUAACUUAAAGCAUCAUGUUCACCAUGCCCUAUAUAAAACAAUAAAAUGACAUGAGGGAA